AGGUCCACGCCCCUCUGGCCACAGUUGAGCUCAUCCCUGCCCUGAGCAGAGUGUUAGUGCUGGCCACAGUGUUGCCAGGCAUCUCUGGAAAAAGAGCAAGCUGAGUAAGGAUCCCUGCCAGAUGCGGAGCUCAUCUGAAAUACAUUAAACCCUGGAGAAGAGUGAUCUUCUGUACUCUAACUGCACUGAAGGUUCCUAUUUGCUGUCAGAGUUACACCCAUACAUGUAGCAGCAGCUCCUCCAAAGAGACUGUUUUUUCUCCUCAAGUCAAAAUAUUUUCCAAGCUCCAGAGGGAAAGACUGGAGAGAGAUCAAGGUGCUUGAAGAAGUGUGUGCUUUCUUCUUAAUAACUUGGAGUUAUAAGUUAUCAGAGCAGUGACUGUUUUUCAAAGGGUAAGAUCCAGACAUCAAACAAUACAUCAGUUUUAUCAUUCCUCUCAGCGUGUGCAGACAAGGUUUCAAGGACAAGUGAGCAGUAAUCACAUAAACACAGGAAACACCUGAAGGUUUUCCAAGGUUCAGCCACAGGAAUUACAGAGCAAUACAAGAGACACUUUGACACAGAUUUUUGAAAGAGGUUCACUAUCUUGUUAGUCAACCAACAUGUCACGCUGGGGGCGAAAAAAUGUGAAGAAGGCACCUGAGGUGAUCCGCACUGUGACAGAGGGGCUAAAGUCCCUGUAUCGAGAGAAGCUGCUUCCUCUGGAGCAGUACUAUGGUUUCCAUGACUUCCACUCUGCCAGUCUGGAGGAUGCAGACUUUGAUAACAAGCCUAUGGUGCUGGUGGUGGGACAGUACUCCACAGGAAAGACAACGUUCAUCAAGUAUCUACUGGAGCAGGAUAUUCCUGGCAGCAGGGUGGGACCUGAGCCCACCACCGACUGCUUCACUGCUAUCAUGCAUGGGGAGGUGGAGUCAGUCAUCCCAGGGAACGCCCUUAUUGUCGACCCCAACAAGCCUUUCCGCAACCUUAACCCUUUUGGAAACACCUUUCUCAACAGGUUUCAGUGCGCCCAGAUGUCCAACCAGGUCCUGGAGAGUAUCAGCAUUAUUGACACACCGGGAAUCCUGUCAGGGGCCAAGCAGAGAGUGAGCCGAGGUGAGGGCGGUAGCAGAGGUGCGGGCGGUAGCCGAGGUGAGGGCGGUGGCAAAGGCUACGACUUCCCAGCUGUGCUGCGCUGGUUUGCAGAACGUGUAGACCGCAUCAUCCUGCUCUUUGAUGCCCAUAAACUGGAGAUAUCAGAUGAGUUCUCCGAGGCCAUCAGUGCCCUAAAGGGCAAUGAGGACAAGCUGCGUGUGGUCCUCAACAAGGCAGACAUGGUGGGCACCCAGCAGCUGAUGCGUGUGUACGGUGCACUCAUGUGGUCCCUGGGGAAGGUGUUUGGCACCCCAGAGGUUCUGCGUGUCUACAUUGGUUCCUUCUGGUCAGAGCCGCUGAUGGUUACAGACAACCGUAAGCUGUUUGAGCUGGAGGAGGAGGAUCUGUUUGCUGACAUCCAAAACCUGCCUCGCAAUGCAGCUUUACGCAAGCUCAACGACCUGGUCAAGAGGGCACGUCUGGUUAGGGUCCAUGCCCACAUCAUCAGUUAUCUGAAGCAGGAGAUGCCUUCUGUCUUCAGGAAAGACAAUAAAAAGAAGAAUCUCAUCUACCAGCUUCCAGUUAUUUUCUCCAAGAUUCAGCUGCAGCACAACAUUUCUUCUGGAGACUUCCCAGAUUGUACUAAGAUGCAGGAGCAACUGAUGGUUCAUGAUUUCACCAAGUUCAAGACCUUGAAGCCUAAUCUGAUGGCAGCCUUGGAUGAGCUGCUCGCUGGUGACAUUGCCAAAUUGAUGCCCCUCCUGCGGCAGGAAGAGCUGGAAGCAGGUGAGCAACUAGGUGUGCAGGGUGGAGCCUUCCUGGGGACCCGUGCUGGACCAUUCAAUGAGGGCAACCCCUUUGCUGAAGCAAAUGGAGAGGAAUGUGAGGAGGAGGGGGAGGACUGGGUGGUGACCAAAGACAAGCCCAAAUAUGAUGAAAUCUUCUAUAACCUCGCUCCCAAUGAGGGGAAACUGAGUGGCACCAAGGCUAAAGACUGGAUGGUGAGCUCCCGCCUGCCCAACUCAGUGCUGGGUCGCAUCUGGAAGCUAUCAGAUGUGGACCAUGAUGGCAUGCUGGAUGAUGAGGAAUUUGCCCUGGCCAGCCACCUGAUUGAGGUCAAGCUGGAGGGUCAUGGCCUGCCCCCUGAGCUCCCUACCCGUCUGAUCCCACCCUCCAAACGCAGGCAGAAGGGUUCUGAUGCAUAGACAUGUCACAAGAUGCUCUUCUCUGUUGGCUGUCACACUUAUGCUACUGUUUGUAUUUGCUUUUGUUUUCCCCCAGACCCAUGUCAAGGUGUUGUUUGUAAUGUGUUCAGCUUUUCCUCUGAGACUGAAUUUGGUCUUGCACAUUGGAAUAUACUGUAUUUAAGUGUAAGCCACACCUUUGAGCCUAUAACAAGGGCCUAUUGCCAAAGAUUGUGUUUUAAGAAGUCAAACGGGUCUGGUUGCUUUUCCUUUUGGCUCCUCAUAGUUUGCUUUUUAUGAUGAGGUUUUAAAACUAUAUCUUGUGUUUGCUGAGCAGAAGUAAAUGAAAGCUGGCACCCUGUAAACGAACGGACUUCAGCAUAUAUUUGACCAAGUACAGAGAAAAACCUUUCUCUGUUAAAGCCGUUAAAUUUAACAUUCCUUUGGUGACUGUACUGCAAUGACACAGUAUUAUAAUGUGUAGGAUUAUGCAAUUUUUAGAUUUGGUCAUCCCAGUAAGAUAUCUUCUACAAAUGUCUUUUGUAGGCUUUUGCUUAAAUGAUUUGUUUAUAGCAUUUCCACCUCAGUCUGACAGUGCACCUCCAAUAACCUGAAUGCACUUCACUUUGAUGCUUUACAUGUCACAGUUUUGAGCAUACUUUAUAUAUUAUUUUUGUAAUUGUUGCUCUCAUUUUGUAUGUGCAGAGCAAGGCCUCAGUUGUAUAAAAGAGCAUCACGUGCUAAGACGACCUGUUCAACUAGACUGAAUGAUUGAUAUAUUACCAACUACUGUACACAGCUUCACCAACUGUUAUUGUAAACAAAUAAAAUUCCCUGACUGUG